AACGUUUUUUCCAAGUGUCUGCCUCAGUGCAAUUGUAAAUGAGCAACACAAGCUGGCAACGGUAUCUGUUUAGUAACAACUGAAGUCGCCUUAAAAAUAUCACAAUUUUUAUUUUGUUUAAAAUCUUCAAUUGUAGAAAUAGACAUGCAAUUGACAAAUAAUAUUUCAAAAAUGUAUUUGAUGGCAUCCUUUUCUUGGUUACAAAAUAUACAUAAGUUAUUAAAAUUUUUAUCUCUUUUAAAAUAUUUGUAGCUAAUACCGUAAGCACAAAUUUAAGCCGGAACCAUUUAUAUUUAAUUUCAUGUUUUUUUACAUAUUUUAAGGAGGAAUGCUCUAUGAAAGUUUAAUUCACUCUGCAGUUUUUCAAUCCUUUUUUGGCAGCAAUUUUUUUCAUACUCAUCAUGUGAUAUAUUUUAAUAGAUCUUUGAACCUUUUCCUUGGGAAAAUAUUAGUGUUAAAGAAAACUGUAAUUAUGGUUUUGUGUUGCUUAAAAUAGACCAAUAGCAAGGUAAAUAAUCCACUUGAAGUGAAAAAGGUCUCUUUCCGUUACCAACAAUAUAAAUGUGGAGGAUCUCUAUAGCUGUGAUGUUGGUCGGACUGCUGUCCCGUACAGAGGUCUGACAAGGAGAUUUGAUCACUAACCUUCGACCUUUGAACUGAUGCCCAUCAAGGGAGAGCAAUCCUGUAAUCUGACAAAUUUUAGUUUUUAUUAUUUGACUUCCAGCUGUCAGUUAUGGAUAAACAGUUGUUAUUUAUGCCAAAUCAGGCAUGUCACGGUCAUGAAGCUGAUGCAGACAUCGUAGGUCUCUAAUGAGCUGCACACCCGUGCAACGCUUACAGUAUGUUUUAAUACCUAUGUCAGCACAUUUAUAUUACACUGGAACAUUUCACAAUAUGUUUCCUUCUACUUUAUCAUUCAGACACUAGACAGUGAGUAAGAAACAUGACAAACAAGAAUUUAUUUACAAGUGUGUAGGGCAAGCAAACCUUUUUACUUUCAGUACUCACAAUUAAAAGAGGGAGAAAUAUGUUAAAGUAGAAGACUACCAUAUCAUCAAAGACAAAGAAAUGAUCAAGUGGUCAAAAGUGCACACGGGGAACACAGAUUGUGGAUUAACAAGAAGUUGUUACUUACUCCUUGAAGCUCUUAAAGACUUUUCCUAAGAGAAAAUUAUUUUAUGGAGCCUUGAAAAGACCAGUCAGCUGUUAGUCCACUUACCCAAGGGUUGGUGAUGACACUAAUGUGUUCAUCCCAUCCAGAUGUCCAGUGUCUUAUUAGCAGUUUACAAUAACUAGUGGCAUGAUGUAGACCUAUCAGCGUGGCCUUAGUACAUGUCUAACAGGCAUUGUCGUCACACAAUUGGUUCUGCUCUCACCAAGCUGGGUGUGCAUAUUUCACGCUUGUCUUGCGCAAUGUAGGUACAAUGUAGGAUAAUGGAUAUCCUAAGACAAACAUAUAAAAGGGUUGCUUGACAUAAGAUAUUCACCUGCUUCCAAAGUUUUGUCGACUGAAGAUUUGCAACAGUAACACUUUAGAGCCGAAUAAAGAAGACAAGACAAUGAAUACAACUAGCUGCCGUCUACUCAAUAUUGGAAAAAUCUUGGGUGCAAGUCCAGCACAACAGCAAUGCAGAUCGACAGCCAAUGGCUCUUCCAGUCUCAAUUUAUGCACAUUAAGUGUAAGCCCCAGUGUUUCCAUGUUUGACCAGAAAGUUAGCAUCAGGAUCCAUGGUCUUCCUAGCCAUGGCAUGGCUACACUGCAAGCUUGGAUGUACCAAAAAUGGCGUGGCAAAGAUACACUCUUUGUGUCAUAUGGGCGAUACUAUGCUGACCCCAAUGGAGAGAUAGAUUUGGACAGACAUCCUUCACUGAGUGGAACUUAUACAGGUGUGGAUUCCAUGGGCCUGUUUUGGAGUAUGGGUUCUUUGCCUGGUCAUCCAAAGGACAUCCGUGUGGCCAUUAGAAAGGCUCAAGAGCCAAUUCUCAUAAACCUGGCUGUAUUCUCUGGCCACAUUACGGUGGAUGAAUCCAGCAUUGCCAUGAAGACAAUUACACCUUUGUGUACUUGUACCAUUACACGUCUAUUCAAAGCACCAGAUGUAAAGAGGAUUGAAAUCAAGGAGGGAAAUAUUAGAGGCGCUCUGUUCUUGCCACCAGGCAAUGGUCCAUUUCUGGGUGUGAUUGAUAUGUAUGGAGGAGCAGGUGGCCUUCGAGAUGCGCGAGCUGGGUUGUUGGCAACAAGAGGCUUUGCAAUACUGGCCUUAGCUUACCUCAAACAUCAAGAUCUUCCAGAAGAAAUCACUGGCAUUCGACUGGAAUAUUUUCAGGAAGCUGCCAGAUGGUUCAGCUCUCACCCAGCAGUAAUCCCUGAUGGCAUCGGUGUGAUUGGACUUUCCUACGGUGGCAUGCUUUCACUGUGUAUGGCAUGCCUGUGUCCACAGGUAAAAGCUGUUGUGAAUAUUAAUGGACCUCCCUUUGCUAUGCAUGAUUUGUGGCAUCAAGGGAAAUUAUUUAUGAAACAAAAAUACCCAGACACCAUUAAGUCUGAUGAAAUGGGCUAUGUCUUCAUAGGUCCACAUGAAUACACAAGAGAAAAUUUCAUACCAGUGUGGAAGAGCGAGACCCACAUCCUGUGUCUGUGUGGUGAUGAUGAUGGACAUUCACGGAGUCAGUGGUUGCUAGAUCUCAAGGACUGCUACCCUGAAGACAAACAACACAAGAUAAAUGUAGUUGUGUACCCUGGUGCAGGCCAUCUGCUGGAGCCACCUUACACACCACACUGCCUGUAUUGCUUUAGCCCUGCACUGAAACAACACGGUCUGUGGGGAGGAAGUCCAGUGCCUCAUGCAACUGCUCAGUUGGAUGGCUGGCAAAGAGCUGUUUUGUUUCUGAAAACCAUCCUGACACAGGAAACAAAGAGCAGCAAGGUGGUUAUGUGCUCAGCUGGGGAAAAGGCCUCCAUGUAAAGAACGGAAAAGGUCAAACCAAGAUAAACAGAAAUAUCAAAAUGGCGGUUCAAUCACCGUUUCCGCUGGUCUUCCAUUGGUUGAAAGCUGUCCACAUGACGUCAUAUACACAACAUGGCCGACUGUCUGCCUCCGGCCUCAAGAAUGGCGGUGCUCUGUGGCUAUACGCGUAUAACAUCGCAGCAGUGGGCUUGCUGACCGCACACCUGUGAGCCCGUCGUCCGCACGAGGCUAUCGAGGGAACAUCUAUGGAACCUUUGGUCUUUAGGUUUCCCGUGCUGCUACAGCUAGGGUUGUUUUCCCCGUUCUUAUAUUGACAACAAACUCCAACUUUCUGUAGUGGGGUAAAGCUCUUUGUAUUUCUGUAUUCAAUGUCCAAAAUUUAAAUGUUCAAAAGAAAAAAUAUUAAGAAACAACUACGAUCCAA